AUGGAAGGCACCGCAUACGACUCCGAAACAGCCAAAAAAGCCGGCUCCCUCUCUACUGUCGCCUCGAUCCUGCAAAAAUAUGAAGCAACAACAAACUCACUCCCUGAGCUCCACGCCCUCCUCACCUCCUCCUCCACAGAUCCCACCCUCCUAUCCCUCGCGCAGACCGAGCUUCAUGAAACCCAUGACCUCCUCACAACCCUCAUCACCUCCCUCAAAACUUCCCUCACGCCCCCUCACCCAUUCGCCCACCUCCCCUGCCUCCUCGAGCUCCGCCCCGGCGCAGGCGGCGACGAAGCCUCCCUUUUCACUGGCGAUCUCCUGAACAUGUACACAUCCUACUGUAAGAACCACAACCUCUCCCACAGCAUCCUCUCUCUCUCCAGCGCCUCGGUACAGGGAGGCAGCGACCGCAUCCUCGAAGCCGUGAUGGAAUUCUCCGACGCCGGGUCGUACGGGAGGAUGCGGUGUGAGGCAGGCGUGCAUAGGGUCCAGCGCGUACCGAUUACGGAGACGAAGGGAAGAACGCAUACAAGUGCCGUUGGGGUUAUGGUGCUACCGAAUAUAGCACCGCCUACCCCUGGCACCAAUAGUGAAGGGGUCGACGAUUUCGAAGACCCUGAGAGCGAUGGGUAUGUGAAUACUAAAGAUGUGAGAGUAGAUACGUACAGGUCUUCGGGAGCAGGCGGCCAACACGUCAAUAUGACCGACUCGGCCGUGCGCCUCACGCACACGCCCACCGGCACCGUCGUCGCUAUGCAAACGUCCCGCUCGCAGCAUCAGAACCGCGAGCGCGCGUGGCGGUUAUUGCGGGCGCGGAUCGCGCAGAAGAAACGGGAGGAGAGGGAGGAAGAGAUUAACAAGGUACGGUUGGCGAGUGGGGCGGGGAAGAAGGGGCUGGGCAGGGGGGACAAGGUCAGAACGUAUAAUUGGGCGCAGAGCAGGGUUACGGAUCAUAGGUGUGGGUAUAGUAGUGGACGGCUGGCGGAUGUGCUGCAGGGGAGGGGGAGUUGGAGGGGGUAA